CUCCGGCGCCCCGCGACUCUCCUUCCCCACCUCUCUGUGCUCGCCGACAUGGCGGCGCUGAGGGCUCUGUCGGCGGCGGCACCGGGCAUCUCGCCCGGUGCGGCUGCUUCUCCGCGGCAUAGACUACUGCUGGCUUCGCUGCUGUGGCGGCCGGCGGCGGGAGCUCACUCGUGGAAGUGGGGGCGUCCGCCCCGGAGGAUAUCGCAGAUUCCACCAAUAUUAAAUCAACUCCCAUGGCAAAGUUCAGGGAGAUCCUAUUCAAGACAACUAUUGGAUGCUGCAAAGAAUCUUCAAGGGUGGUCUCAGACUGAUAAAAGAACAUGCUGGCAUGGACAUGCAGGUGGAGGACUCCAUUCAGAUCCAAAGGAAGGGAUGAAAGAAUUACAAGGUGGAAAAAUAAUCAAAGCAAUGCUUUCCUACGUGUGGCCCAAAGAUAGACCUGACCUACGUGCCAGAGUUGCCAUAUCACUAGGAUUUUUAGCAGGUGCAAAGGCCAUGAAUAUAGUCGUUCCCUUCAUGUUUAAAUAUGCAGUAGACAACCUCAACCAGAUGUCUGGAAAUGUUCUGAACCUGAAUGAUGCACCAAAUACUGUGGCAACCAUGGCAACAGCUGUUCUGAUUGGAUAUGGCAUCUCACGAGCUGGGUCUGCUUUAUUUAAUGAGGCUAGAAAUGCUGUAUUUGGAAAAGUAGCCCAAAACUCAAUCCGAAGGAUAGCAAAGAAUGUCUUCCUCCACCUGCACAACCUGGACUUGAGUUUCCACCUGAGCCGGCAGACUGGAGCAUUAUCAAAAGCCAUUGACAGAGGAACAAGAGGCAUCAGUUUUGUGCUCAGUGCCAUAGUAUUCAAUUUGGGCCCCACCUUGUUCGAAGUGGCACUCGUUAGUGGAAUUUUGUAUUAUAAAUGUGGCGCACAGUUUGCACUAGUAACCUUGGGGACAUUAGGAGCAUACACAGUAUUCACAAUAGGAGUUACACAAUGGAGAACUAAAUUUAGGAUAGAAAUGAAUAAAGCAGAUAAUGAUGCAGGUAACGCUGCAAUUGACUCACUGCUGAAUUAUGAAACUGUGAAGUAUUUCAAUAAUGAAAAGUAUGAAGCUCAGCGAUAUGAUGGGUUUUUGAAGACCUAUGAAAAUGCCUCACUGAAGACUACCACUACUUUAGCUCUGCUGAACUUUGGACAAAAUGCUAUAUUCAGCAUUGGGCUAACAGCCAUCAUGGUACUGGCUAGCAAAGGAAUUGUUGCAGGUAACCUAACAGUUGGCGAUCUGGUAAUGGUGAAUGGACUGUUGUUCCAACUUUCUUUGCCCCUUAACUUUCUGGGAACGGUGUACAGAGAGACGAGGCAAGCGCUAAUAGACAUGAAUGUCUUGUUCACACUGCUUAAUAUAGACUCAAAAAUAAAAGAUAAAGAGCUGGCUCCACCCCUGCAGAUCACUCCACAGACUGCUACCAUCGCCUUUGAUAACGUGCACUUUGAAUACCUUGAGGGGCAGAAAGUCCUCAGUGGCGUGUCUUUUGAAGUCCCUGCAGGAAGAAAAGUGGCCAUUGUAGGAGGCAGUGGGUCAGGGAAAAGCACAAUAGUAAGAUUAUUGUUUCGCUUCUUUGAACCUCAGAAGGGGGAGAUUUACAUUUCUGGCCAGAACAUACGAAACAUCAGUUUGGACAGCCUGAGAAAAUCCAUAGGAGUUGUACCUCAGGAUUCUGUUCUCUUCCAUAACACCAUAUUCUACAACCUCUUGUAUGGCAACAUGAAUGCCUCUGCAGAAGAAGUCUAUGCUGUUGCAAAGCUGGCAGGAAUCCAUAAUGCUAUUCUCAGAAUGCCCAAUGGGUACAGCACACAAGUGGGAGAGCGAGGUCUGAAGCUGUCAGGUGGAGAAAAGCAGAGAAUCGCUAUAGCCAGAGCAAUCUUGAAGAAUCCUCCCAUUAUCCUCUAUGAUGAAGCCACUUCAUCUUUAGAUUCAAUUACAGAAGAGAACAUCUUGAGUGCCAUGAGGGAUGUGGUGAAACACAGAACAUCCGUUUUUAUUGCACACAGAUUGUCUACAGUGGUUGAUGCAGAUGAAAUCAUUGUCCUGGAUCAGGGUAAAGUUGCAGAGCGUGGCAGGCAUAUAGAUCUCCUUACCAGUCCCAGCAGCCUCUACUAUGAAAUGUGGCACACGCAGAGCAGCAGGAUGCUGAACAGAAAUACUAACGAGAGGUGGGAGGAGAAAACCAAUCACCUGUCCAAAGACGAGGAAAGGAAAAAGCUGCAAGAAGAGAUCAUCAACAGUGUGAAAGGCUGUGGGAAUUGUUCUUGCUGAGUGUGAGCUCAAUUCCUGUCCCCUUCUUCAUCCCAACCCUGGUUUAAGGGUGGCACAAAUUCACACUGAAGCUGUUUUCUGCAUUCAACAGAAGAAACAGUUCAGAGAUUUUGUUGUCCAUGUUAAAAAAUAAAGAAAAGGCUUUUCCCCGUGGAACACAAGUUCUUUAACCAAAGGAUGGUUUUACAUCUGCCUCCCCUUACCUCAGAUAUUAAUGAAGUCAUAGGAAUCAAGUCAAAACUGCUUCAGAACAUCUGAUUGAUAACAUGUUUUUGGUGAAAGACAUGUAUACACUUUUUCAGCAAUUGUUUGUAAAGUGCUGUAAAUCCCUUUGCUCUGGCCAGAAUAUAAUAAUCUGACCUGCCUUGUGAAAUGUUUGCGUUAUAUUGCUCUUCACCACUGAUGGUGGAUUAGAAAUGUUUUUAUAUAUCGGUUUUAACAAAAGCCAGUUAACUCAAAUGUCUCUGUUAGUGAAGAAAAUGAUUUUUUUAAACAUUCUUUAAUGAUCAUUGGGUUUGUUAGAAUUUGUAUCCUUUUGUAAAGAAUAAUGGAUUUCAAGCCUGUGGCAGCAAAUUCAAAACAGAAAGAUUUCUGCUUAGUCCCUUAACUCAUUCCUUUCUUAUAGCACAAGGGAAAAAUACAUAUUUCUGGGGGGAUUAAGAUCGCAAAAUUAUGAAGGGAAUGGCUCUUUUUAAAUGAUCAGUGUACCUUCCAAGGUAAAAUAAUGAAGGUUAGUUAUCUCCAUUCUCAGCUACUCCUGGAAGUACAGAAGUAAUUGAUUCUCCCCCCCCCCCAUAAUUUUCUAUAAAUUUUUAAAAUACAGUGUUAUCAAACAGGAUCUAAUGACAGCACACAUAGUCCAUAUACAACUAUAGACCACUGUCAAACAAAACAAACAUAAGAUAAAACCAAAAUAAAUAAACUACAUGUAUAUGACUGCACAGAAGGCAGCAACUGGAACUAUUUAUAGUAUAGACACAGUGGAAAUUAAUUGAAGUAUUCAAAUGCCCUGAGACACUGUAUCAGCUGUAUUCAUUUGUAGGCCCGGUGGGGUCCUUGGCUAUGUACUUCCUUUUUCUUUAGUCCUUGAGGACUCCCGGCUUCUUCAUUAGUUUUUCCAGCAGGGCAAUAUACCACACAGUAGUUUACCAAGUAGUAAGAUUGACCCUAUCUACAUAUUUCCAAAAAUCUAUGAUGGUCAUUCUUAAGCCUAUUUAGUGUCUGGGUUCAUAUUUGAGCAAAAUUCUAUGAAUAUUUAAGUUACACCUUUUGAAUAGUGUGAAGAAAAGAAUUAAACUUUCAGGAAAUGAUUUUGUUAUAUUCCAAUGAAAAUUCAAUACAAAUAUUGUCUGUUAUUGUUUUACCAAUAAGUCAGUUUUCUGUUGAGCGGUGCAGCAUGUCUUCAAAUCUGUGGGCGCCGUUAGGAGUCACUAUCAUUUGGGCCCAAGUAGGUUGUUAAGUGUUGAUGAAGAAAAUGUAUUUAUGUAAUAAAUGGGUGUAUGACAUGACUUUGAUUAAAAAUAUACCAUUCUCAUAAA